UUCUUUUUGUUCACAAAAUGGUGAUGUCGUUUCUUUUACGUGGUCUUGUAUCCAGCAUUUUAUGAUAAAGGAAUACAAAAUAGAGAAUUUGGCAAACAUGGACCCUUGGAUGUACCAGAGGUGGGAUCAGGUGCCUAGAAAGAAUAAGCAUCUACUGUUGACCAGUCACACCCGCCGUGAACUCUAUAUCUUGAUCAGGUUUACAAAACACAGAAGGAUAGAUGAUCUGGAGAGUGGGCAGCACACAACGUAAACAAUCCAACCAUCUGAAUUCAAGCAUAACGGGAAAAACGGACAAAACACGCUACUUGUAGAUUCCGUCACCAUCUUAUAUAUGUCAGUGUACCGAGUUUUAACUUAUGGGGACUUUAUGUACACGACAUAAAAAUCAAAAUUUGACAGAUUCUACAGUGUUUACUUAAAAUUUCCAAAUAUGUCGGAUGGUUCUAGAAUACCAAAUAUUUCAACAAAUAAUGAAGUUAAUGGACAUAACCAAAAUAUGAUGCAAAAUAAUGCUGGUCAAGAAAACCACAGUGUACCAUUCCCUGAUACGAUAGUUUAUGGGCCUUGCCCACGAGACUCCACCGGAAGACCAGUUUUAAUUAGGGAGCCCGAACGUGUAAAUGUCAACUUGGAUACAUCGAACAUGUUUGGUGAAUUGUCUUUGAAUGAUAUUUUAGGUCAGGGCAAUGCCCAGAGUGACUUCUCAUCACUUCUAGAAACAGGACAAGGACAGGACGGUGCAAAUGUUAAGAAAUUCUUUGAAAGUGCUGGAAUCCCAGCUUCUGCUUUGGAUACCACCCAACAAGAUGCAAGUAACUCUUCGGGUAUGGGAAAUCCUAUGGAAAUGAGAGGAGGCAUGGGCGCCCAAUUCGGUGGAGGAAUGGACUUCAUGGUUGGCGGAAGUAGAGGAAUGAAUGUCCCAUUCGGCGGUAGAGGAAAUGGAAUAGAUAUUCAGUCUCUAAUAAGUGGAGGUAGAAGUGGAGGGCAUAGUUUUUUACCAGGCAUUUUACCAAAUACGCAAGGGGGCCAAAUCGUGAUACCGGGGCAGAAUGUGUCUGCUACACCAAAUGCAGUGGGAAGGGGUGGCAUCAGUGGUAUUGGGAGAACAGGGGAUGGGACUUCACGUCAAAUAGCCACCAUGGGUAGAGGAAGUGGUGCCGGUAGAGGUAAUAUGUCAAGUAUGGCAAACUUUGGAGGACUGCAAGGUGGAUUACCGGGAAUGGUCGGUAUGCCAGGGGUAGGAAUGGGCGGAAUGCAAGGAAUGUCAGGAAUGCAGAUGGGUGGAGUGUCAGGAAUGCAAGGAAGGGGCACUAACGAUGAGUUCAUCAAUCAGAUUUUAGAAGAAGAGAGAGGAAGGGCUGACGCAUGCGAUGACUCCAUCGGACAAGGUUUCAACACUUUCAUACUAUUUGAUAAUUCCAUCACCAUGUAUGGACCAACAACUGAUCAAGCAAAGGACUUCGUAGAAAACUUUCUGCAAGGACUAGAAGACAACUCCAUGGACUACGGAGUGGAAGAAAAUGUGGCUUUGAUCACGUGUGGAGGCACAGCGCCAAAGGUUGAUCAACACCUGACAAACGAAUAUCAGUGUCUGAGGACAAAACUGGAAUCCAUUCAAACACAUGGAACAAUCAAAUUAAUUCCAUCGCUUAUGUUGGUCUUGGGGGCAAUGGAAAGAGCUUUUGAAAUGAAGAUUGGUCAUCAUUCUAUAAUGCCGCGCAUCAUUUUGGUGUCUAAUGGCAACUUUGUAAACAACAACAGCAUGGCUGUUGUACCAACCAUGGCGGGAGUGCCGGCAGGAGGCGGCGGACUGCAGGAGCUUACACAGACAAUAGAGGUAUUGCAAAACAUUUUAAAAAACCAUCAUAUGAAGCUGUUCUUUAUACCUGUCGGAGAUGCUAGUCAGGAGUUUAAAUCUUUAAUGCAAAAUUUACCAGGAGCAAAAGUAAUUGAAGCGUCCGACUUGAAGGGUGUAACAAGAACCCACAUACACCAUCUUAUCACAGGAACCGUGAAGGAACAGACGCACGGGAACCAUUCCAUUACGGAAGAUGUAGUGAAGGAAGUGGCCUCUACCAAAUAUCCAAACACGGAAGAAAGGGAUAUUGACGAAGUAAUGAAGCUAUUAAGAGAAGACCAGGAACAUGAUGCUCAGCGGCAAGAGAGGUAUCUUCAGCAGAAUCAGCGUGGGGUACCAAAUACGGCACGUAUGGUGGGGCCAGGAAUGAUGGGAGGGGGAGGUGGUAUUACACCACAAAUGUCGCGUGGUAUACCUCGUGGAGUCGUGAGAAAUGUGGCCCCAUUCGGAGAAAUUGGUUCUCAGAAUCAGCUUGGGGUACCAAAUAUGGGACGUAUGGUGGGGCCAAGAAUGAUUGGAGGAGGAGGUGGUAUUACACCAAAUAUGGUACGUGGUAUACCUCGUGGAAUGGUGAGAAAUGCGGCCCCGUUCGGAGUAAUUGGUUCUCAAGGAAUGCAGCCACCCAGAAUGAAUAAUAACACCAAUCUACAGUCCCUGGCUGGACUAGGAAUAUCUCCAGGAAGGGGACCACUUCCCGGAAGUAACUCCUAACACUGUCAGUCUGAGAAAUUGCACAAGUCUGGGAAUGAUAGAAAUCAGUCCUCACUGUAUUAUACAUGUAUUUGCGUUAUUACUGGUUCCCCCUAUCAGUCUUGCUAACUGAAACUGAAGAUUAAGAUCUCAUAAACUUAAACUUUGAGAAUAGACUUAUCGCUGAGUAUGAAUAUAGUCACAUAAUUUACAUGUAGUAUUUUGAUGAUUAAAAUGUACUUCAGUUUUUGAAAGUAUAUAAGGUAAUGAACCAUAAGCUUCUUCACAUCAACAUUUCAUUGAGCUCAAAAGUAAGACAAAGAAAGACUGUGUGUGUGUGUGUGUGUGUGUGUGUGUGUGUGUGUUACGAAACAAACUUUCGUGUAUCUGUUUUUCUUUUUGAAUAUGUUUUGAUAAAUUUCAUUUUUUACUGUUUCGUAUAUACAUGUAUUUAAUGGAUCAAGCAUUCAUACGAUCAAGGCAUUGCGAAUAGUGUAUUUGUCAACACAUGUAUGUUGUUUUGGGGUAUAUGUCUACUAUGAAAUAUCUUGAUUUUUGAUAUAAUUUCUUUAUUUUUCUGUCAUACAAACAAACAUUGAAGUCACUUAAGGAUUUGUUUUUUAAACACACACACACACACACACACACACACAACUCUGACUCUCUACACCUGAACACUUUCAAAGAGUGAACAUACUGCACCCACAAUGAACUGAUUUAGUUAAGUAGUUACUUGCGUUGUUUGAAACAAAGUCUAUACACUAUGGGAGGAAAAAAUAAUAAUAGCAGGAGUAAUGAAUGAAAUAUAUGUACAUGUAAUAACAGCUACACAUAAAAAUACUUUGAAACAAUGACCACUGUUUUUCAAAACUAUUUAAAUUUAAAUUCUUGACUCGCAGCAUAUUUUUCAACUUUAUAUUUUAUCUUUAAAUGACAUAAUAAUGCACACAGAUUUAGAAUUUUAUUUUGCAAUAAACAAUUGAAAAUA